ACACAUACACACACACACAGUCCAAACCCCCAGAAAAGCCCUGCUGAAUCCUCACACCGUCUGUCAGCAUGGGGAGCGCUUGUUUUUCCCGGGACGUUUGUUUGUUUAUCCUCCUCAUAAAUACUUGCAGGGUGAUGGGGAAUGUCGGACUCGCAGAUGCAGAUGAGUGUGCAGAGGGUUCGGAUGAUUGCCACAUUGACGCCCUCUGCCAGAACACGGCCAAGUCCUACAACUGCAUCUGCAAACCAGGCUACAAGGGAGACGGCAAGCACUGCGAGGACAUGGACGAGUGCGAGAACGACUACAACGGGGGCUGCGUCCACGAAUGCAUCAACAUACCAGGCAAUUACAGAUGCACCUGCUACGAUGGAUUCAUGCUGGCCCACGACGGACACAACUGUCUGGAUGUGGACGAGUGUCUGGACAACAACGGUGGGUGCCAGCAAGUGUGUGUCAACACCAUGGGGAGCUACGAGUGUCAGUGCACAGAUGGAUUCUUCCUCAGUGACAACCAGCAUACCUGCAUCCACCGCUCUGAUGAUGGGAUGAACUGCAUGAACAAGGACCACGGCUGCGCCCACAUCUGUAGAGAGGCUCCAGGGAAAGGAGGAGUAUCAUGCGAGUGCCGUCCUGGGUUCGAACUGGCCAAAAACCAGAAAGACUGUACAUUGACUUGUAACUAUGGAAACGGCGGUUGCCAGCACACAUGCGAUGACACGGACACAGGGCCAGUGUGCGGCUGCCACCAGAAGUACGCCCUGCACUCAGACAGCAAGACCUGCAUCGAGAAAGAUGAGGCUGCAAUUGAGAGCUCUGAGUUCAAUGCCACGUCAGUAGCUGAUGUGGACAAGCGGGUGAAACGGCGGCUACUUAUGGAAACCUGCGCUGUGAACAAUGGCGGCUGCGACAGGACAUGUAAAGACACGGCCACAGGGGUGCGCUGCAGCUGCCCCGUUGGAUUCACCCUACAGCCCGACGGCAAAACCUGCAAAGACAUUGAUGAAUGCCAGGAGAACAACGGCGGCUGUGACCACUUCUGCAGGAACACUGUGGGCUCUUUUGAAUGCAGCUGCCAGAAAGGCCACAAACUGCUCACUGAUGAACGGACAUGCCAAGACAUCGACGAGUGCUCCUUUGAGAGAACCUGUGACCACACCUGCAUCAACUACCCGGGCAGCUUUGAGUGCCUGUGCAACAAGGGUUACAUCCUGUACGGCCUCACUCACUGUGGAGACAUCGAUGAGUGCAGCAUCAACAAUGGGAGCUGUGAGUACAGCUGCAUUAACACACAGGGCGGCUUCGAGUGUGUGUGUCCUCCUGGACAGAAACUCCACUGGAACAAGAAAGACUGCAUCGAGGCGGUGAAGUGUCUGCCCAAUGGGAAGCCAGCACCUCGAGCACAGCUGACCUGCACCAAGAGUGGAGGGGCAGAGGUCUGCUCACUGUCCUGCCCCUCCAACGCCCUCUUUCUCGCAGACUCUGAGAACAGCUACACACUGAGCUGUGGAGUGCCCGUCCAGUCUGGUAAAUCUCCUCAGAAGAGGAAUGCCACCACUGCCUUACCCACCUGUGCAGACACUCUGGCCCCGCCCAUCAAACAGAAGGCCAGGUUCAAGAUCAAAGAUGCCAAGUGUCACCUGAGACCCCGCAACAAGGAGAAACACAGAGAUUCAUCCAAGCAGAACCUGCAAGGUGGCCAGUUCCCCUGCACCGACGACUGCCAGGUGACUUUUGUCAACCUCAAGUGUGAUUCAUCCAAGAAACGCCGGCGAGGACGCAAAUCUCCUUCAAAAGAAGUUUCCCACAUCACGGCUGAAUUUGAGAUGGAGAUGAAGGAAGAGGAAGUCUCAGACUCCUGUAAUGUGGACUGUGUGCGGGAGAAGAUGAAGCAAAAGCUGCAGAGCGCCAUGCGGACACUCAGGAAGUCCAUCAACAAACAGCAGUUCUACAUCCAGUUCUCUGGGACUGAGUAUGAGGUGGCACAGAAACCAUCCAGGGUACCAGAAGGCACUGAGGUCUGCAGCACGGGACAAGUCCUGCGAGAUGGAAAGUGUGUGAGUUGUAGUGUGGGGACGUUUUACAGCGGGGAGCAGGAACAGUGUGUCCAGUGUCCUCCUGGUACGUACCAGGACAUGGUGGGUCAGCUGUCCUGUGAACCAUGUCCAAGCACCGAAGGACAGGGCAUCGCUGGCGCCAAGAAUGUGUCUCAGUGUGGAGGUCAGUGUCCAGCAGGUCAUUUCUCUGCUGACGGUUUCCGUCCAUGCCAGCCGUGCACGCUGGGCUCCUACCAGCCAGAACCAGGCCGCGUCCUCUGCUUCCCCUGUGGAGGAGGACUCAUGACCAAGUAUGAAGGAUCCGUCUCCUUCAGGGACUGUGAGGCUAAAGUGCACUGUGCUCCUGGACAUUACUACAACUCCAGUACCCACCGCUGCAUCCGCUGCCCAGCAGGAACCUACCAGUCUGAGUUUGGCCAGAACUACUGCAUCACCUGCCCUGGGAACACCACCACUGACUUUGAUGGUGCCACCAACGUCUCCCACUGCAAAAACCAGCUGUGUGGAGGUGAGCUGGGGGAGUACACAGGAUACAUCGAGUCUCCUAACUACCCUGGAGACUACCCAUCCAAUGUGGACUGUGUCUGGACCAUCAACCCACCACACAAGAGGCGGAUUCUCAUUGUGGUACCAGAGAUCUUCCUCCCCAUCGAGGAUGAGUGUGGAGACGUGCUGGUCAUGAGGAAGAGUGCCCUGCCCACCUCCAUCACCACCUACGAGACGUGUCAGACCUAUGAGCGGCCAAUCGCCUUCACCUCUCGCUCUCGCAAGCUCUGGAUCCAGUUCAAGUCCAACGAGGGAAACAGUGGCAAAGGGUUCCAAGUUCCUUAUGUCACCUAUGAUGAGGACUACCAGCAGCUGAUAGAGGACAUAGUGAGAGAUGGCAGGCUCUACGCCUCAGAGAACCACCAGGAAAUACUGAAGGACAAGAAGCUGAUAAAGGCCCUGUUCGACGUGCUGGCCCACCCCCAGAACUACUUCAGGUACACAGCACAGGAGUCCAAAGAGAUGUUCCCUCGCUCCUUCAUCAAGCUGCUGCGCUCCAAAGUCACCAGGUUCCUACGGCCGUACAAAUAGACGGAGCCUCUCCACCGCCCUGUUCAAGACCCCCGUCAUCCUGCGUCAUUCCAAACCUAACCUCCAAACCCAGACCCAACCCCCCCCCCCCUCUACUUCUCCCCUGCCUCUGUCAGCACAUUGAUGUACCAGUUCUAUGACUAACUGUCUUCUUUUCCUGUGUUUGUCCUCAGUCCUGUUUGUCACAUGAUGCCUUUCCUCAUCUUUGACUCCUUUAACUAGUAACACAUCAUUAAUUGAUCCCCUCCCCUCCAGUAACGCUGCUCUCUCUAUAAGGUUUGACCGAUAUGGGUUUUCAAAGGCCAGUGCCAAUAUUUUUAUAAUGUAGCAGAAUAUACAUUACAUGAUAUAUUGUGUGUAUAUAUUGUUUCCUUCAAUUUGAUCAUUUUUAUACCAAACAUUUACAGGUAUUGAGUGUUUUUCAUCCCAGUUUGGGAUGACGAUGGUAGAAUUCCACCUACUACAUAUCCUAGGUCAGUUAAGGUGCAAUAUCUGACAGUUUUGGUCUUGCAGGUUCAAACUGGAUAUUGAAUUGCUGAUUUCAAUAUUUUUCAGCAGCCUCAAAAGAAAAUAUAAAAGACUACAGAGGUGUUGCUACUCAGAAAACUUACAAUAGCAUACAAAGUUAAGUAAAUUCUAUUGUAAGGGAAAUUAUAGUAGCUGUUAGAAUUUAUUAGCAUUUUUUUUAUUGAACAACAAAUAAAGUCAGUACAUUUUCCAAACAAAACACAAUCUUAUUAUUUAAUAAAAGGCCAGUAUCAGCAAACCAAUAUAUCAGUCAAACCCUAUUUCUGCACACCAUCUACUAAAUCUCCAUCUCUCCCAAACCAUCCCCCAGAUUUCUGCACCUUCUUCCUUUCACUCCUCUCGUUUAAUUUUGCUCUGCUUUGUUUUCCGUGUUGUUUUUAUGUUUUUGUAAUAUUUAUACUGAACAUGUCAGAACUUGCAGAAGCCCACAUCACAGAUGUUAUAGAUAGAUGUACAAACGUGCAAGACAAGUAUGUUUGUGUGGACAUGCACAGGUGUACAUGCAUGAUGUGUUAGGAUGUACAGGCCCACACAGUGUACAUGGAUGUAUCCUGAAUUGGAUUUCUAUAUUUGCCCCCCCACCCACCCAAUGUGCACGAGACAGAGAUGAGAAAACAAUCUGUGCACUUAAAACACAUUUAAACAUGGAAAAUGAAAGAAAUGUUAAAGAGGGGUGCUUUAGCCAUUGGAGCACAAGGAAAGAUUAAAUGGGGUGAAUCAGAAAGUCUAUAUUGUAAUUUUUUUUAAAUAAAAAAAAAAAAGAUAUAUAACAAGAUGAGAUAAACUACCUGCAAGUAACAGAUUGUUACUUUAGAGAGAAAUGUAUGUGAUGUAACUAAUAUUUGGAACGUUAAUUGCACUUGAAUUUUAUAUUUUAAACUGUAGGAAAAAAAAAGAUCUAAGUUACGUAUUUGUUACCUUUUUUGUGUUGUUUGAAAUUUGCCACGUUUGGCAUGGAGGAGAGAGAAAAACCCUCUUAUUGCUCCCACUCUGUAGCUCGCAGUUACCCCAAAUCUCUGUUACUGCAGCUUCAAGCCCCAUCCACACACACACACACACACACAUGAGGAGAACAUGUAGGAUGAAGCUUCAACAUCUCAAAACCUGAGGCUGUACGUUAAACUAACGCACACAGAGAAAAGACAGCGUAUGCAUGGGAUCAUUCAAACUUUCCACCACCUCUACAGUUUCAGUGUUUUCAUCGCCCAGUGCUGCUUCAUGCCCUCGAAUAUCUCCUAUAGCUGCCAGAGAGAGGAAGCACCUCCAUAAUGGCUUCUUGUAUGAUGGCACUACAUACAUACUACUAUAUACCUGUUUCUAAACAACUACUUAAAAUAUCUGCUUUCACCCAGAUGCAAUCUCUUUCCAUUAAAUAGGAAGUAUGGUGGGUAUACUAUGCUUUUCUUUUAUAACCCAACUAAAUGUUUCUGUGUCAUUCCCAUUGGUACUAAUAUGUCUAUGAAAUCCUUUUACCACGUAUUGAAGAUGGACGCUAUAUCUGCACAAUGCGACUGGAGUUGAGAAUCUUGUAUGUUGUGACUGGAGUGUUGGUCUGAAGGUGAAUGUAGUGGCAGGGACACAGUCUGAAUAAGAGGCAUCUCCCGUCUGAGUGUCUGUGUGUCCGUAGCACUUGCAACUUCAACUGUAAGCCAGUGAACUAGAUCUCUUUGUUAUUUUGUUCCAAAAGAAAAAGAAAAAGAAAAAACAAGCUUCCCCCUGACAGAAUAUAAAAAUGCAUUUAAUUGCGGUUUAGCUCAUGUAAUAUCCCUCACUGGUGUUACAGCUUCUAGUCUUUGUGCUGGGCACAAGGAAGAUGAGGAAGUCUCAGUGCUACUUUAAAGCCCACAGAUUUUAGAUUAAAGAGCCAUACUGGAGGUUUUGCAUGUUUUAGCCCAUUAACUGCAAAUUGCAUGCACUGUUAUGUAUUUUCCAAACAAGAGGUUUUUAGGUUUGUUACCUUCCAAGCAGCCAUUGUUUUCAGUUCACUGCGGUACACCAGUACCAGCACACAGAAAACCAAUUUGAGGAAACUUGCAGCUUAUUUAAGUAAAUGAUACAUCACAGUGAACAAUUAGUUCAUUUCUUUGCAACAGCUUAACUGUUUUUGUUUGGUAUUUUGUGUGAUUGGUGUGUUUCAUGGUAUACUAAGAUUCAACACUUUUUGGUUUGGCUGUUAAACAGCAACUUUUUAAAUCAAGCCCAUAGAGCCAUUGGCCAAAGCCUCCACUAGGCUUAAAGUAUAAUGUCAAUGGUUUUCUAUAUUUUCUUUCCUGCUAAUAAAUACUCAAAUACUUCCUGACUUCCCUACUCUGUGGCUCUCAGUCCCAAGCCCAUUGGUUCCAACUGAAGAUGUAACUCUUUAAAAACAGCUUUAUAGGCUUAAUAAUUCCCUAAAACAGCUGGUCACUGUAGUUUUUAGCAAUUGUCACUGAAAGAGAAGGUAAUAGUGCAUUUACUGGGGACUAUUUUAAUCCACAUUUGCUGCUCUAGUGAGUAUUUCUGGCAGCAGGACGGUGUAUGUGGGACUGAGUCAGAAUAAACUACAGUGUGUGUGUUUCAUGGUAAUGAAGGAACAUGUCAUCCAGUGCAACAGUUCAGAUCAUUGAUGUGUUUUUAAUUUUGGACAACACACAAUACUUCUUAGCAGAUCAAUUAAAACAAAUAUAAAGAAUAUUACCAGACUUGGACAGAUUUUAUGAAACACACCCUCCGCACUACCCAGCUGCACACUGUCCUGGCUGUCAGUGUAUUAUUGCACAAGCAUAAUAAUCUACCUUUAAACUCAUUAAAGCCUGAUCUGACUUGUUUUUCUGCAGAACAUAUUCAGAACAUCCAGUGAUUUUAUCAUAGCGUCUCCAUGUUCUGAGCACAGUGUUGCUACAUUGCUUGCAUCUCUCCACGGCAACAAAUUUUUACUUAUCACUUCAUUUAAUCAAACUGUGGUUGGCAUUUUAGUAACUGCUAGUCAGGAUUACAGUAGAGAGCACCACAUGAUAACUAAGAAUAGUUUUUGUCCUCUGGAUUUGAUGUUGCAACACCAACGUGAAAUGCAUUUCAGCCAUAAACUUUGAAAUAUAGUAUGUUGGAAUAUCCUUGAACAUACCAUCAAUACAAGUUAUGAAAAUUCUCACACAACAACCUAAAUGUAACACAAAAUAAAAGUGACUAAAUGUUCCUAGUGAUGGGUUUUUCAAGUCUCUGCACGUUGAUUUUCACUGUGUAUUGAAAUGAAACCAAUGGCUAGAAGGCACAAAAUCAAUCAAAAAAACUUGCGCUUGAGAAAAACGGUUUUCAGUCCUUUUAAGUAUACACAGUUUGUAAUUAAUGGGCUGAAGCAGGGAAAAACACAGGUAUGGUCCUGCAUAGCACUGAGCUCAUCCCAGAAUAAGAUAUUAAAAGAUAAACAUAUUUUUAAAGGCAUUAGCUGAUAUAAAUAAUCACCCCCCUAAGACAGAUAUAUUUGGAAAUUAACUUUUCAGCCACAACCUUAAAUAUCAGUGAGGUCAGUGCUUAUUCUCACUGGAUCAUCAUUUAAUUUCCCAAAAGAAAAUCAUACUGUCGUUAGGCGUUGUUCAGGCCUCGCCAAAUAGCUGCCACACAGACAUGUUAUGGUACGGCCUGCUUCCUGUUUGAGGUGGACACUGUUCAAUAUGAGUGUUAUGAAAAAAAUGAUAUGAACUGCUCUAAAAUUUAUAAUUGACUGUUUUUUUCCUGAGAAUGUAUUCUAUUGUGAAUGGAUGGGUGCAUGUUGUGUGUGCGUGUGUGUGUGUAUGAGAGUCUGAGGAUGAUAGUGUGUGUGUAAUUCUGUGUGUGUGUGAGCAGUGAGUUUUUGUGCCGGGCGCCUGUGAUAGAAAAAGAGACUGUGUAUGUUUGUAUGUACUUUAGUCCAUUUUGUAGAGGAAUAAUUUUAACGUUUGUGUUAGUCGGUUGUACCCAAAGAGAGAAACUGUAACGCAGUGUUGUGCCAUUGUUUGGUCCAUGAAACUCCAGUACUGAACAAAUUAAAUAAAACAGU